AUGAGCGCCGUCUCGACCUCCGCCUCCACCUCUCAGGCAACAGGUAGAGCCUCCUCUGGCUCCGGUAGAUCGUCGAGGAGUGCCAAUCCCGAUAAGCAGAUCUCGCAGAUCGAGAAGAGCGUCACUCAUCUCCUCGUUGCUACUAAGCAGCUCCUCGAAACCCUCACUCAAUGGUCGCGCAACCAAGCGCAAGAGGAGGAGGUCUCUGAUGUCUAUGUUCGCCUGGGUUAUGAAUUCAAUCUCGCAUGUCGCGCCUUCAAUUCCAUAGGCGUUGACACCUCAGACCUGGGAAAUGUACCCGAUCUAUUGCGCCAUAUACUCGAAGAUACCCUCAGCCAGCCGGCGUCACCCCAAGCGCUCGACACUUACCUGCCGAGAAUACGUGACAUAAUCAUCAAUCUACUCCAUGGCUUGAAGAGGAAGCAGAGCAAACUUCGCGGCAAAGGCACAAAGGAGUCAAUUGGUCCCGCAGGCUCGAAAGGCCCGCCCGCCCGCAAUGCUAGCUUGGCCAACUCGGUUGCAAGCAACGAAACAGGUCUGACGCAGAUGCUGGAGAAUGUCCCAGCAACAGCAAGUCCUACAAGAGGGGCAAGUCCAACUCCUAGUGGUCACAGCAGAGAAGCUAGUGGAAAAAGUAAUGAGGGCGACUUCCCCUUACCGAGUGUUGGCACGGCCGGCUCACUCAGUCGUGGGUCUAUUAGCCGUCAUAGCAUGCAACGGGAGCAAUCAAUUCCUCAUUCCGACACGAACUCGUCGAUAUCGAGCACCACAGCACAGAAUAUUCCUGUACAGCCUCCAUUCGAGGCCAAUGUCCGACCGCCGUCCGAGGUCAAUUUUCCGCACCCACCGCCGCCGCCGCCCAAGCAAACCGAUGCCCUCGCUCAGCUACAAAGAGGUGGUGAUCUGGAAAGACGAGCUUCGAGGCGAUUCUCGGCGUACCAGAUUUCGAAGCAUCUUGGUGCAUCGCCAAAUGGAAUUCCCAACCUUCCACCAACGCAGAACUCGCCUAUUCCCAAUCGUGGUCGCGAAGCACGCGAGUCAUUGACUGCCGUCAGGUCCAGGACGUCCCAAUAUCGGAAAGCGCAUCAGAAACCUGAAUCGUCUCCCAGCAGGAGCGGCACGAUCAAGGCACCGGAGAGGAUUUCAGAAGAGAGAGACGAUCCUCCCAAGCUUGAGUCUUUGGACAUGCCAAAAAUUACGCCGUCCGAGCUGGCUGGCGCAGAUGAUAGCCCGAUCGCCAAGACUCCAGACGAAUACCACAAGCCAAGAUCGCCGCAAGAGAAACGUGAUGCUCCGAUCCUCAGCGCUACGCUUAAUGGGCCUAUGAGUCCCCCGGAUUCUAUGUUAAAUGUUGGCUUCCUUACGCCUAAAGAGGAGAAGUCUCAGACCGAGCUUGAGCCAAAGAAGACGAACAAAUCUGAAGACUCUGCCGACACUGCGACGGUCGCAGCCGAUCAGACGGUCCGAGAUCUGGCAACUCCGCCUCCAGCUCUAGCUCCUGAGACCGAGUCGUCACCUCCCCAAGGCAAAGAGCUCACUCUAUUUCUCCAGUACAAAACGAAGAUCAAAAAAUUUGUUUUGAUUGAUGGCUACGAGGAACUUACGUUCGCCCGCUUGCAACUAGCCUUCAUCGAGAAAUUCUCAUGGAAUACCAACGAAGCCGGUCUUGAGCUGCCGGAGAUCUAUAUUCAGGACCCUGUCUCAGGUGUGCGACACGAACUUGAGGAUCUCCAUGAUGUGAAAGACCGAUCUGUGCUGGUGUUGAACGUUGAAGCACUUGAUGAAGUGAAGAAGCAUUUUGACGAGGGCAUGGGCGGCAUACAGAAGACCCUUGACAGCUUCAAAUUCUUGCUCGAAGGGCAAGGGUCCAUGAUGCAAAGGUUCUCCGACCGUCAGCUAGAGGCUUCAAAGGAAAUGGCACGUAUGUCCGCGCUACCACCACCCCACACGCCGAAGGCUUCGGCGGGCACAGCUGGUGCCAAGGCGCCCCUAAGUCAUAGCACAGACUCGUCGCUCCAGGAGGUUCAGACACUACGCCGUGAGAUUGCCGUCCUUCGCCAAACAUACUCCAGCAUGUCCUCCGACUUCGCUGGGGCAAUGACCGAGAUCAGAGCCAAAGCAGCGAACGUAAAGACCGUGGCGGCUGACGCUGCUGUGCCGACCUACGAAGGCGAUGCUGGACGUACGCACAUCAACUCUGGAAAGAAGCAUCUUUCUACGGAGACAGAGUCGCUCAUCAACCGCGUUGAUGACCUUGCGGAUAUCGUGGAAGAACUGCGUAAAGAUGUCGUCACUCGUGGAGUGCGUCCUCUACCUCGACAACUCGAAGACGUCAAUAGGGACAUCGCUUCCACUGCCAAAGAUCUCGUCAAGAUCAAGGAAUACGUCAAACGUGAGAAGCCUGUCUGGACUAGGAUCUGGGAGCAGGAACUCAAGAUGGUGAUGAGCGAGCGAGAUGACUUGACCCAGCGUGACGAGAUCAUUGCCGAUCUUGAUGGCGAUCUCAAAGACGUGACUGAUAUCUUCAGCCUAGUGGAGGCGGCAACUAAGCAGCAGAAUCUGCAGGCGAACACUCAAGGCGGACGAUCAUCUAGUAAAGCAAUCGCAUUCGAGACCGUUGUGGAUCCACACGAGGCAAAAUCGGGCAUGCUCGACGAGGUUCGUGCUUUGCAGCCCAACCAUGAGACCCGGCUUGAGGCUAUCGAACGGGCGGAACGAGCUCGUCAGAAGGAACUGCAGAAUCGUAAGGGCGGAGAAUUCCAGCGCGAAGUCGAGAGCUUUGUUGAGGACGGCAAAUUGAAGAAGACCGGCGGCGUCGAGGAGAUCGAGCGUAUUCGAACCGUGAAAGACAAGGCCGCGCACAAGGAGAACUGGGAAACCCAAGAGCGACAGAAGGCCGAGGCUGAGGCCAGGAGGAUGAAGAGGAUGAUGGAGAAGCAGGCACGAGAGGCAGCCGCGAAGGAACAGGCACAGCAGGCGGAGGCUUCCUCUACUAGUGAACAACCUCAAGCAGACACCGGAGAUGCACCUAGCCAGGAGGCUGCGUCCAAGGAUGCAACGGAGGAAGAUGCAACUACCACUGAUGAUGGGAAGGGCGAUGCUCCACCUACGUUGCCCGAGAUUGAAGUGGGGGAGAAGGAGAGCGACAAGGGCAAGUCCGGUACGUCUUUCUUUGAGGACUAG